CUUCUUUAGCACUUUUCCUCCUUUCUCACUUUUAUACCCGCCACCAUCAUCAACGGCAUCCAUUCUCCGCAUCGACUGCACAACUAUCCUUAUUCCUCCACUCUGUAUCCUACCACCAUCAAUCAUGUCUUCUCGAACCACCACCGCACCAUCUGUUCCUCUCCCAAGCCGUCAGCACGGUAACACUGUCAGCAGCAAGCCCCCAGUGUGGCCUCUCAACGCGUCCACCAACGAUGAACUUCCUCCUGCCGCCAAGUGUGACAGAGACGAGCCAAGCAGGAGUGGGGUGUGCUGUAAAGAGCUCACGGGCGAUGACGAGCGGACACUGGUAGAUCCUGACGUCCUCCGAGACGUUGUAAUCGGCCUCUCAGAUGGCCUCACUGUACCUUUCGCGCUCACCGCCGGCCUGUCCUCCCUCGGCGAGUCCAAGCUUGUCAUCCUCGGUGGAAUUGCGGAGCUCAUCGCCGGCGCUCUUUCGAUGGGCAUCGGCGGCUUCCUCGCCUCCCAAGCGGAGCGCGAUCACUACCGCUAUCUUCGAAAGCAGACACGUGCACGCGUCCUUCGCAGCUGCGAGGGCGAGAUGGAGCGUGAAGUGUAUACCGUACUUGGGCCGGUGGGCGUGGAUGAAAAAACGAGCCGGGCGGUCGCUCAGUGCCUCAUGAACGUCGAGGUCGACUCGUCCGGCGAAGGUCUGAGCAGGAGCCCCAGCGGGAGCGACACGGCAAGCAGGAGUAGCGCGAGCGACUCCGAAUCGGGGCUGAGAUGGAGCCAAAACGUCGGGAUGUCGGCAUUCCUUCUCAAAUUUGGCGAGGGCAUGGAAGAAGUGCCUACGAGACGGCUGUACAUCUCCGCGUUCACGAUCGGCAUGGGUUAUUUCCUCGGUGGUCUGAUCCCUUUGCUUCCUUACUUCCUCGAACCCGUGGCGCACAUAGCGCUGAUCUAUUCAUGCAUUGUCACUGGCAUCGUGCUCCUCAUCUUCGGCGCCGUCAAAGCGCGCAUCACCGGAGCGGCAGGCCAGGGUGUCGGUGGUUACUUGUGGGGCGCGGUGAGCACAUUGCUAGUCGGUGGGGCUGCUGCAGCGGCAGCGUACGCACUUGUAGCUAUUUUGGAGACGGAUUAACGAAAGAUUGUGGGACAUUAGACAUUUGCCUUCUUCCAUCCUCCCUAUAGAGGGUUCAUGUAGGGGCUCGAGGCCAUCGGCUGCCCCCUGUAGUAUUACUUCUU